AUGGCGACCUUCGCAGCAUCAACACCAUCACCUCCUCCAUCCAUCCGAACACCACCCACCCCCAAACACGGCUGGAGCGAUAACUGGGAGCCUUAUUCUCCUCGCAAGUCGGCACGAAUUUCAUCUCGACGAGCCGCACGAACUCCUUCCCCUCAACCUUCGUCUCACCGCACUCCCCCCCGAACCACCCGCAAAGCCGUCGCACCUUCCGCCGCCGCCGCCGCAGCCAUCAUGUCGCCGACCGCAACCCCUCAGAAGAAGCGCCAACCCGCUCAAGACUCUGUUCGCCGCGCUUCUGGAUUUUUGACAGUCGACAGCGCAUCGCAAGCCGCCUCGUCCUUGGGCAUCGACAAGAUGGACCAUCAAUCCAAAGCCACCGCCGCCACCACAUCCGUCACCCGCGUCUCCGGCAUGCUGCCGACCCCGGCAAAGACUCCCAAGAAGGCGCCCAAUGAGAAGCAGACCGCUCAAAUCCGCUCUGUCGCGCGCAACUUAUUCCACAACGAUCACGAUGCCCUGGCCAGCCCCAAGAGGGGCCGCGCGCCCAAGAAGUAUUCCGGCAACUCAUUGGAGAGUUUCGUCGCCGAGGAAGUCGAGGAGCCGAUUGAGAUCUUCACCGAUUCGCAAGAUCGCAUUCCCGAGGCCGACCCGAGUGAGGACAACCCGUUCUACGGCGAUAGCGCCACCGUCGAGCGAGAGCUCCCGCGCCGACGCAGCAAGCGCAAGGUCGCGAUUCCAGGAGAGGCGUCCCAGUCUGUUGACGAAGCUAUGGAACGCGAAGAUGGUCUGAUUUAUGUUUUCCGAGGAAAGAAGAUCUUCCGCAAGUUUGUUGAUGAGGAGCAAGAUGGUGAAGGCAGUUCGGAGUCUCGUCCUAAGAGGCGCUCGGCGAUGAAGGGUCGCCUGCUGUUCCCGGUCGCUCCCAAGGCACCUGCUACUGGCUCGACUUUGGAGGAGGAGGAAGCCCUCACCGAUAUCGAGGAUCACCACUUGGAGGAGGAGCAAGAGGAGGCUCCGCAGACCCCAGCCGACAUUCAGGACAAAUGCCCGUCAACCCCCCAGGCUCCCAAGUUCGGCCCGGCGGCAACUCCCCCCGACACCAGACGUACGACUCGAUCUGGAUUGAAGUCAGAAGAAGCGACCCCGGUCAAACGCAAGACCCGGUCGAGUCCGUUCGACGACUGGCCGCGUGUCAAGAGUCGCCAUGACCGCACACCCGCCAAACGCUCGGCAGAGACACCGGCAGCACCAGCUCCUAAGCGAGCUCGUCACUGA